GGGGUGCUGCCUUUCUUCCUAUUUCCUGCAACCAAUGUCAUAUGCCGCUAUGCACAUGUUCCUUCACGAAGAACAAUUUGGCUACGCCCUCCUGCUCGGCCGGCACGGAAGCGGUCGCGGUGGGUGUGCCAAUCUAGUAUCAGUGCAUCCCAUCCGGUCCGGUCUAUGGCAAAGAAUGGGUUUCUAGCCUUUUACUUCCUGCUCCCGUCGGCCACCAGGAAGAGACGGGAGACCGACUGGCUUGCUGAUGAUUAAUGGAUACUAUCCGCCAAAUCUCCACCACCCCAGCACGCACUCCGCAGCUCAGUACUGUGUACACAGUAAAGCACAGGACAACGCAGCAUGGGGGCCAGUGGCUCUUCCGCUUGUUCGGCCCUGCCUGCGCACGUUCUGUCUGGUCAAUUCAUUCAACCCCAAGCCAAGCGAUCUACAAGCUACGGGAAAUAUUCGCGCCUCUUUGCGAGGACGAACCCCGGGGCCGUUAUCAUCACGAAAACAGUAUCCGCCCCGGCCAAGUCAGGCAAGGAUCAGGAGCAUCAUGGAACGUCUACCCUGUCGGUCCGGUCAUCGCAAUGUGGCAGGUCAGACUGGAGAAUGUGAGUGCAAAAGCGACGGCACUGCGUCUGUCACGGUCCUGGCUGCACCAUCCAUCAGAUAUCAGAAUCUUCAGAGCGACAAUGGCCCUCCAUCAAGAGUCAGACUCUACAUUGUAUGCUCUUGAAAAGCAGCAGUCAAGCAGCCCUGGCGUCACCCAGCCUGGUGCACGCCUAUUCGUACACAAACGUAUGCACCCUCAACCUCGCUUCCUGACCACCAACCGACAGGUGGGGGAAGGAACAAGGGAUUCAGACGGACUGAGGAGUGACAGAGACGAGCGACAUACGGAUAUCUCAAAGGAUCAGUUGAGGGACCUGCAGGUCCGAGAGAUAAUGUCCUCGGUACCAUUCGAGAGCCCCAGUACGCGGCAGCGGCAAGGUCAAGACACAGAAGCCGUAGCAGGCAGAGCCGGAUUUAACUCUUGUCUGGCUUCGUACGCUCGUCCAAAUCUGGUCCGGUCUCUGCUUCAUCAUGGGCCAGAGAAGGGACGGGUAUCCAUAAUAAGCAGCACGAAUGCUUGUUCAUCCGCUCAAUGAGACUCCACGCCGGCCGUCCGUUUGUCAGAUGCGAAAACUGGAGACUCUACAACGGCCCAGGCCAUGCCGGGGGUUUGUCAGUGCGUACACAGAGAUGGCGAGCCGAUGUUUUUCUCACCCCUAGCGACUGGAGGCUGCUUUUCUCCAAUUUUUCCAGGAUUUUACCCCUCCCAGGCAUUGCAAGAGUCUGUCUGCGGCUAAGUUGCCCUGCCCAUGAGGUUACUGUUUCCUACGGCCUACGGAUAUUGCUAAUACUGUCUUCAGACGCCAGGUUGCUGCUGAUGAGCAGACCGGGUCGGUUAUUUCGAAUUCCACCCUCUUGUCUUCAAGGUACCUACCUAUCUCUUGCCGUAAUAUUCCCCCAGCUUUCUCAGGCGUCGAGCCAUCUCAUUACCGGG